ACAAUAUUCUUUGGACGGUAUGUGUAGAUGGGACACUAGUAAAUACAAAUAAAUAUUGCAUAUUUUACGUAUAAAGGCAUAGACGUAUACAUAUACCCUCGUAAUUAUCCAAAGCUAGAUCAUCAGAAUGAACAAAGCCAAAGACUGGUGUAAAGCAAUAUUCAUUCUUCCCCUCACAGCGGGUAACUUGAAAAACAAAAUACACCGAUAUAACAUCUCCCAUGAUGGAAGUAUCGCGGGAUUAAUCAUGCUAACAAGUUUAGUAGUCAUUCUAGCUGAAGUAAUGUACAUUUGCAACACUUUUGAGCAAAAAAGCAGCACAGCACCUGUGAUAUCCCGACCACUUCUGAUUGUCUUGAACUGCAUUGGAAUUGUGUCCUGUGUCUCAGUUGGGAUACGAGAAAAAAUCAGAAAGACAUAUAUUUUAGAUAUCGAAUCUCAUGAUAAAAGCAAAUCACUUAAACUGAAAUUUUUAUAUUUGUUUUGUCUUGGAUCUGUAGUGUUUCGUAUCCUCAAGAUAGCGUUCCAUGUUGAAUGUAAGGUGUUUGUCCAUAUCAACGAGAGUCUGGAAGGAGCCGUUUUAUAUAAUAUUUCGUGUCUUUCAUUCUAUGUGGUUCAAACAUGUUUUAUCUAUUAUUUUUCUAAAUACCAAUUCGUCAAUUCUCUGUUUACCUUUUAUGGAUUGAUUAUAAUUGUGGUCACAAAUAUUUCGUCGUGGACGUACUAUGCUACAAGCAAACAAAAUGUUUCGGACACUUCUCAAAACACCACCUAUCGAUGCGUAGAAAACAACUCAUCUCUGUCCAUACGUCAACUGUUACAUAACGUAAGUCCUUUUAUAGAACCCAUGCUCGCUGAGUACUCGCUUCUUUGCUUAAUAUUUUUGUCAGGAAUAUGGCCGAGGACAUCGCAUAAGCAAUGUUGCAUAGAAGAGGACAACAAUGCUACUUAUGAAACGUCAGAAAUGACAGCAUUAUUACAAAGCCAAAGUAUCGUCUCGUGUAGACCAAUCACUGUUCCACGAAAGCAAGUGUUAACAUACUGUAUUAUUCUAAUAAGUGGCAUAAUAUCUUUACCUAGACUAAUUAUUGAAAUACUCAGAUUAUUGGGGGUUAUAGGAACUGAUUUCUUCUGGAUUUCCUCUAUAACUACCAUAUUCGAAUAUACUGUGUUACUUCUUGCUCUUGCAGUGUGUUUUCAUGCAGUACAACAUCAAUGUAUGCCGCGUAUUGAGAAUACUGCAUACGACACUGGAAAUGUUCUGUUGAUUCUUAGCUUUAUCAUAACGACGGGAUAUUAUACUCUGUACUUAAUGGCUAAAAUACUUCCAAUUGUCACAAAAUAUCGAAGUUUAUUCAUUAUAAAAGGCAUCUUAAGGAUAAUCGUCCUGUAUCUCCAAACCGUGUACAUUUUACAGAUGAAAAAAUACACGAUAACAUCUUCAAGAUCACAGUUAUUCUCAGUAAAUUAUAUAUGUCUAUUGAUUGGCUUAAUUAACUUUGGUUACUGGAUUUCUUAUACUUUCCUCGUGGUUCAAUAUGUAUAUAAAUUCCAAAAUCCAGUUUACUACAGCAGUAUUCAUAUCGAAAACACUGAAACUUUCUUGUUUCCUUUCGUUAUGUUUUACCGAUUCGAAAGUUUUAUGUGUUUUUAUUCGUUGUACAGGUCAUAA